AUGGCUGGGGGGCGGCGGGCGGCGGGGCUCGCCCUGGGCUGGGGCUGCUGCCUCCUGCUCUGCUGCGCUGCAGCCAGCAAACUGGAGGUCUCCACACCAGCCGUGGUUGAAGUGGAGAUCGGGGACACGGCCAGGAUCGAGUGCAACUUCUACAUCCCUGGGAAUGGUUCCUACCGCUACAUCGACUGGUUCUACGUGGACCGCAAGGCGACAGGGACACCUCACACCGACAGCCGGGUGAGGCUGUGCCACAUCACCGACAGCGAGGUCCUGAAGGACGACACGGACUACAAGGAGAGGCUGUCGGUGGGGGAGGACAAGGCCCUGUCCAUCAGCAAGGUGACAGCAGAUGACAGGACCUUCGUGUGCCAGGUCGGAGCGGGGAGCUCCGGCGUGGGCGAGAGCCACACUGAGCUCCGCGUCUACAAGGUCCCCGAGCCCCCUGUGAUUGAGCCCAACACAGGAGGCAUCUCUGUGCAUAACAGUGCCAACUCAGAGAUCGCCAAAUGUGUGAGCAAGAACAGCUUCCCGCCCCCCAACAUCACGUGGCACAAGAACGGGGAGCAGCUUGACCUGCAGGAGAACCAGAUGAUGAACACGUGGACCCGCGAGUCCAGCGGGCUGCACUCAGUGGCCAGCGUCCUGUUCGACACCGUCACCCGCGAGGACCGCGACUCCCGCUACCACUGCACCGUGCACUACUGGCUGCGGGGGCAGAGGCACGCCCUGGAGUCCCAGAAGGUCCAGAUCACUGUCUUCUGUGAACCCCGCGAGCACCUGAAGCUGCAGGUCGUGCCGUCCUCGGCGCUGGUGAAGGAAGGGGACAAUGUGAAGCUGGUGUGUGAGUCUGAUGGGAACCCACCUCCUGUCUUCAGCUUCUACAAGAGACAGCUGGAUGACAAAUGGCAGGAACUGUCGUCGUUGGCAGAGACCGACGGCGGGGUCCUGACCCUGCACGGCGUGAACAAGAGCAGCAGUGGCCUCUACAAAUGCGAGAGCCUGGACCUGGAUGACAUGAAAGAGCUAAAGGAGGAGGUGGAGCUUGUUGUGAACUACAUCGAGGGGGUCCAUGUGGAGAUGAAGCCAUCCUCCCCCCUUCAGGAAGGGGACAAUGUGACCCUGAACUGCGAUGCCCACAGCCCUGUGGCCCUGGACUACCAGUGGACGGAUGAGAAGGGCAGGAAGAUGGGGGAAGGGAACGAGCUCGUCCUGAGAAACCUCACCUUCGAGACUCCCAACAAGUUGAGCUGCAAGGUGGUGGCCCCGAGUGUGCCAGGGCUGGAGCAGAGCAAGCAGGUGUCUCUGGCUGUCAAGGGGAAGCCGCGGAUCGUGGCCAUCAGCUCCCCGCUGUACGUGCGGCAGGACGAGGUGGUGAACCUGACCUGCAAGGCCAUCGCCUUCCCCCGGCCCUCCGUCCACUGGAGCGUCAACGGCACGGCUCACGAGUACGUCGACAACCAGCACAUCGCCAGCAACCUGACGGUGCGUGUGAACCGCGACCUGCUGAAGGCUGGGGCCAUGUGCCGCGUCUCCAACGACCUGGGGGUCAGUGAGAAGCACAUCCAGCUGCUGGUGAAUCAAAAGACAACAGCAGAGAGCCAGGGGGUGAUCAUCGUGGCCAUCAUCGUGGCCAUCCUGGUGGUGGCCGUGCUGGGCGCCGUCAUCUACUUCCUGCACAAGAAAGGCAAGAUCCCGUGUGGCCGCGCUGGGAAGCAGGACAUCACAAGGCCAGAGGCACGUAAAGACAAGAUUGUAGUUGAAGUUAAGUCAGAUAAACUUCCCGAAGAGGCGGGCUCCUGGCAGGGCGCCAACGGCGAGAAGAGACCCGCCGCUGACCAGAGCGAAAAAUACAUCGAUCUGAGGAACUAGAGAGGAGACCUACUAAGUGCUUUCUUCCUUCAAACCUUUCCUGCUCUUGGAUUGCCUUCUCCCACCCCUGCUCCAGCACCUGGGGGGGCACAGCCAGAGGCCACUGCUGUGUCCCAGUGCUGAGCCCCAGCGUGCAGGGGACACCUCCCUGACUCACCUGUCCGUUACCUCAACCGUGGGCUUGCAGGUGUUGCCUUAGCAAAGCUGGACUUGCUUUACUACUCCAGAGAAGCCACAGCAAUAUUAGGAAGAAAUAUCCCAUUAAGCUACUUGGUGGAAGGAUUUGAGGCUUUUUUUUCUCCCCCCCCCCAGGUAAUCUGUUCUGUACAUGUGUGGGAAGGGUUUGAUGCGUUGGUUUGGUUUUUUUUUUUCCCCACCCGAAGUUGCUGGAGAGGCUGUUGGAAGGUAAUUUUUGGGGUGUGCCAGGCACCUGAGCUGUAGUGGUGUGCAGGUCAGAGGAGGAGCAGUGGACGUGGGGUGAGCCAGGGCGGCGUUUUGGGGAGGUUUUAGUGCUUUGCUUUGCCUUUGAACUGUUCUGGUCUGGGUUAAGCCUGGGCAGUGCAGGGAGGGAGCUCCCUGCCAGGGAGCUGUGAUCCCACGGGAGGAGAGGAGCUGGCAGAGCAAGGAUGGGGGGCCCAUCUCCAGCCAUGUGCCAGACCAAGCUUGUCUGGUUUGUAGUGAGGGACAGGGCUUCCCUCUCCCCUCAGAAUUGGGUUUUUUAAGGGGGGCUGCCCAGCAACGGCAGAAACCCCUCAAACUUAGAACUAGUACUAGUCCAGGGCCAGUCAGUGAUGUCUCAGGGUUUUUUAUUUUUCUUGCCAGCCCCAGGUAAAACUGGUUUAUUCCUGUGCUUUGGGGGCCCCUCUGGCCCCGCAGCCAGGCUGGUGGGGAGGGGACACGGGCCAGAAGGUGCCUUUAGCUCCUGCCACGGGCUGUGCCAGCCUCCCACCCGCAGCUGGGGCUCUCUCCUGCCUCCUCCCAGAGGGCUCAGCCCCUCCUGCCUCUAAAUCCCUGCCCUCCGAGCUCUGCUGCCCACAAGCCUUGGCCCCUGUGUGCCAGGAGCACCGUCCCUGUGCCACCUCCCUGCCAGCGGGGACCCUCCCCGCCUGCCACACGUGGUGUCCCAGCAAAAGCUUUGGUUUAUAUAUAUAUAUAUAUAUAUAUUUUUGUUGGACUUGUGUGUACAUUUUCCAUAAGUUUUGUCUGAUACUUGCAAGGGUUUUUUUUUGUUUGUUUUUUGGUUUUUUUUUUUUUUUUUAUAUAUAUAUGUGAAAAUAAAGUACAAAUUCAAGGCUGA